GGAAGUAGAAGAAACCUUAAAUAAGGUACUACCUUCAAAGAAAGGAAAAAAGAAGGAAGAUGAACUUCCUAAAGAUCAACCACAAAAAAUGGAUCUUAAUUGGAGAUUAGAACAAAUAAAUAAAACCUACAGUUAUACUCAAGGCUUAACUGAAGAAAAAAUAGAAGAAUAUCUUGAAUCAAUACAAAAAGUAACAAAAAUUAAAGAUACUGAUAAACCUGCAGAAACAAGAAGAGAAUACUUAUAUGAAAAACAUCGAGAAGAUAUAAAAGAUCUUCAAGAAGAAUAUAAUAGAGAUAUUCAUGGAAUACUAGAUAUAACCGCUAAAGAAUUCAAUGAUAUGGGACUCAUUGAACAACAAGCAGCA